UUUCGCUAUAUGGUGCUUUUGAAAAAGUGGUUGUGAUUUUUUGUCACACUACCACACCGUGCUGGGGCACGCAACACAACAGCUCAAUGAAAAAACCACAGCCACAUUUUCAAAAGCACCAUUCAGCUAAGCCGAUGGCUUUUCCGGCAGGUAUUUUGCAUGAAUUGAAUCGUGAUGAUCUAAUAAAUCGACUGAUAUUCUUCUUUUAGAGUUUUGAAAAGGUUUUAAUGGAUAAUCUGGUGGCAAAGCUGAGCACAAUUUUUCUUACGCACACUACCAAGCCUUGAGGUAACUUGAGCCUUAAGCCAUUCUUAUCUUACGCGAAAAACAGCUUACAGUAAUACCGAAUGCAACCUGUAGGUAUGUAACGCAGUGACACCAUCAUUGCCUCACGACGAUCACGUUAUCUGUGGAAAAGCCAUCCAACCUACGGAUUGUUUAGUGUUUGUUCGAAACCGGAACCCCAGUACCACCAACACAUCUACCAGCAGCAUAUACAAGAAGAGUACAAAACCUGCACAUUGCUGUGUCGCUCACCGGUUCCACAUACGUACCUACUGUCCAGUCCGACCGUCAGUAACAGCAGCAUGCUAUGCUGCAUUCUGCCAUGUUGCAUUUCCACUGCGAACGGGCGUUCACCAUCGAACGCGAUGGACCGAAGUGAAGAGAGAGCGAAAAAAAAAAACAAAUAAAUGAAAGGCAGCCAACCAGCCAGUCAGCCUACUGCUGAUCGCGUCGCGAAAGAGCUUAAACCCGCAGCUAUGUGUGUGUCAGUUGUGCGAAUGAACCCCCCGCGGCAUGAAAGGUGGUAAUAUUCAGCAAAUCCAAGCAACCGACUGGACGACGACGAAGACACAGCACAGUUUAGAUUGGAACGGCUUGCUGGGAUAGACGUAUGUUGGCCUCGAACAUACGUACACGUUCGUUGUGUCAAAAAAGCCUUGAUCUGCUUUCUUUGCGUACCGUGCGCUUGAGUGGUUCCUGUGCGGAGUAUAGUGAUCGUGGUCGUUAUCAUCAUCAAUCGAUAAGAGAUUAAGAAGUGAUCGUCGGUCGCACGAGUAAAAGAUAUUCGAAUCAAUGUCAGAUGGGAAGUGAAAUGUAACACGAUACACAAAGUGAGAGUUGAAGUCGACCAAACCGUACCAACACGUACACACGCAUAUACAUACGACGACACACGCAGCGAACGCAAGUGCGCUAGGUGGCCAGGAAAAGAGGCGAUCGUUAGAAAAGAUGACAAGCGAUGUGUUAUCGCGAAAAUUCUGCAAAUUUAGUAAUGUACGAUGGAAGUUGGCGCUUGAAAAAGUCCCGCUGCAAUUCAGUCUAGUCGCAGUCGCAGUAUUGCUCAUCAGCGCAGUAGAAUCCCAAAAACCGGAGGAUGGCCCCUACCGCGGUAAAUACAUAGGUAAAUUCAACUCCUACCACCACCAGGCGUCCGGCGAGGUGUACGCCGUCGAUGAGUACACUUUCCUGAUAACCGGAUUCAACUACGACGGUAACGGAGUGGAUACGUUUUUCUGGUCCGGUGCCAGCAACCGACCCGGACCACAGGGUUUCAUCGUACCAGACGAAUAUGGCAAAACCAACAUCCUGGAGCGGUACUUCAACAAGGAUUUCACCAUCCGCCUGCCCGACAACAAGAAGAUCACCGAGGUCAAGUGGCUUGCCGUGUACGAUCUGAACUCGCAGAACAAUUUCGCCGAUGUGUACAUUCCGGAGGAUUUCGAACCGCCCGUAUCGCAAAAGGCCGGCAGUUUGUCGCGGAAUAGUCACGGCGUUAGUAGCGAAGCCAUCGAUAUUCUGGACUCGAAAACGAUUCGUAUUUCCGAGUUCAGUUUCGAUGGUAAGGGUCAACAGGUGCACUUUUGGGUCGGUGUAGGACCAUCACCUUCAUCCAAGGGUCGUAAGGUUCCGGAUGAGAUGGGAUAUUUGGACUCCCUGCGGACGUACGACAGGGAAACGAUUACACUGGAACUUCCGGGUGACAUGACCAUCUUCGAUAUCGAUUGGUUCUCGGUGUACGAUGCAGACACGAAGGAGGACUGUGGUUCGAUUCUCAUCUCGGACGAUUUGAACGUUCCGCCGUCGCUGGUUAAGGUGACACCGCACGCUGAGUCGCUACCGAACUGCCGUCAGCUGCACAAAGACUAUCGGAUGUCGUGGGAGGUUUUUGGACCGCAGAUCACAAUUCAGCUGGCGGCGAAUGUGAAACAGGACGAGUAUAUGGCAUUCGGGAUUAGUGGAUCCGACAGCGAGAGCCAGAUGCAGGGAGCGGACGUUGUGGUGGCUUACAUCGACGGUCAUCAGGGAUACGCGGUGGAUUACAACAUAACCUCGCUAGCACCGUGUGUGCAGGUGCUUGGUCAGAACAAAGGCGUCUGUCGGGAUGACGUGGUUGGAGGACAGGACAGUUUCCAGUUGCAUACUUUUGGUCGGGAGAAUGGUAUCAACACGAUCACCUUUCGAAGACUGCUGAUUUCGCCGGAUCAUGGUGACAAGGAGUUUGUGCUGGAUCGACCAAUGUAUGUAAUCUGGGCGUUGGGUCGAUUGGAUUCGAACAAUGAACCUACGUAUCAUGACGUAUAUCCAAAGAGGGACACAAUUAUUGCAUUCAAUACGUCGGAGCCGGUUAACGAUUGUUUCAGCUUCACUCGUAGCGAGGUUAAUUUUAAGGACGUCUGGGAGAAGGCGCAAAUUUUCGAUCGUUCCAUUCGAUCAUUUUCGGCUACGCUCGGUCCAACUGGUGGCAAGCGUGGCUAUCAGGGAAUCACCGGACACGUCUCCAAUGGAUUAGCGUGGUACAUCAAUGGGUUCAUGGUUCCGGAGCUGUGGCUUCGAAGGGGACUGACGUAUUCGUUUAAGGUGCGUGGAGGUAACAACCCACACUCGCCGGAGUUCUACCACCCCUUCGUCAUCACGGAUGAACCGCGAGGUGGAUUUGAUCGGCUGUCGGAUGCCAAGCAGAGCGAAAUUCGCGUUCUCGCUGGUGUCGAGUUCACUCGACGGGGCCGCCCUAAACCGACGGCAGCCGGUCCACUGUGCUUGGCCCGGCACCCGGACAAUCAGGACCGGCGGUUGGACGAUAAUUUUGCCACGUUCAAAAAGUUCAACCGAACGCUUCGGUGGAGCUGUGAAUCCGGCGAUCCAGCCAUCCUGGAGAUUACACCGAACACGAGCUGGCCGGAUGUGGUGUACUAUAACAGUUUCACCCAUGCGAACAUGGGCUGGAAGAUGCACAUCGUCGAUAGCUACAGCAAUUCGGCGCGGAGCGGUGCUGUUCCCGGUCGGUGUAAAGAAGGGGGAAGACUGCUGACGGCGGUGGGUAGUGCAGUGCUGACGGUCCUGCUGCUGGGUGAAUUGGCGGCACGGAUGCAAAGAGUUUUUUAAGUGCGAGUGUGUUCCGGUUUUGUUGAAUUGAAUUCUAUGUUUAUUUGGUAACAGAAAAAAGUCUGAAGUAAAUACAGUUUACUGCGAGAAGAGUCAUCCCUACAAUUGGCCUAAGCAUGUUUUUUAAUGGAGGAAAUAAUUUCAAAUCACACAUCGAAAAACCAUAGGGUUACAUAUCUCUUAUCUUUCGCUAGAUUCCUGUCGGUGAGACCACCCCUACUUGGAGACUUGCUUUGGGUUCUUACAAUCCCAUAAGGUCUUACAAUCGAUCGCUCUAGAAAGGGAUCAUCCAUAAAUGACGUAGCAUUUUUGAGUGAUUUUUA